AUGGCUCUGGGGCCGGGGCCGGGGCCACCGCGGCUGCAGCACCGGGUACCUGGCGAGGUGCUGCCCCUUCCAGCCCAGGAUGUCCGUGUUUUUCCACAAACUCUUUCAGGAAAGCCCAAGGUGUACCAAGGUGUCAGAGUAAAGAUUACAGUGAAGGAGUUACUGCAGCAGAGAAGAGCACGACAGGCAGCAACUGGUUCAGCAGUGAGUGAAAAUAUUUUGUUGUUUGCUUUGUCUCUUCUCUGUUUAUUUUCCUUUUUUUUUUUUUUUUUUUUUUUUGCCAAGACUGUAAUCUCUGGGCCCAAAUGGCUACCAAAGCCUGAGUGUAACAGGGAAAAAACAUUCAGCCAGCGAUCUAAAGGGGUUUCUUGGGGCAGCAGCAGCAUCCAGUUCUCAGAGUCCGUGUCUCCGCCUCACCCAGCCCCUUUUGAUGCAGAGCCCAUCUCUUCUGUUCCCAACUGCUGCCCGUCCUGGCAGUUUUCCAACUGCCUCUCCUGUGAGGAAAGCCCCAGCUACUUGGAGCAGCUGAUAGAUUCCUGUCUGCAGUCGGAUGCACCCUCGGAGCCAGCCUGCAGCGCUUUCCAGCCAUCACACUACACCCCAGACACCUUCCAGCCCGUCCCUCUCUGCUUUAACCAGGGCCUGCCCUGGGACAGCAGGGUCCCCCAGUGCUUCCCCUGCCCCAGCACGGACUGCCUGGACUACCUGCCCCCCCUGGCCGUGGCCGAGGACUUCUUCAGGAGAGACAGGAGCUGGGACAUCUGCUACAGCUAAUGG